AUGUUUGCAACCUGGAAGUACGACCGCGACACGGCAGAGGUACAAAAUAUUCGUCUCGCAUAUGAUCCCAUCUCUGCUCGAUCGAGUCAACAUCAAGCCUGCGACCGCUGCCACGAGAAAAAGUUGAAAUGCAGCGGUGAAAAAGACGGUUGCGACCGCUGCAUCUCCAGCGCCCAUUCUUGCGUGUACAAUCGCAGCGAGGCCCGAUGCUCCCGCCGGGGCAAGAGGGGCAGCCGCUGCUCAACCGACGGCGGCGAUGAGACGACGCUGAGUCGACCCACCAGCAACGCGGGCUCGCCCUCGCGACGAAGCACACAGACAAGUCAGCAGCAACAGCAGCAGCAGCCGCAUCGCGUCCGAAAGGGCACCCAGUCUCGGCGCAAGUCAAUCUGCUCCUCGUCGGCCCCAUCCCGCUCCUCGACGGAGCCCGACAUCGAGCUAUACUCGCCUCGUGCAUCAACCGCACCUUCGGUCGCCGGCAGCCCCUACAGCCUGGCUGCUUCCUUUGAUACCAUUGAAGAGAGCGGCGGCUUUGCAUCGACCAGUCUCGCGAGCCCCUACGACUCCGCUGACGCUUUGAUCAUGGCUCAGCAUCACCACCAGCAACAACAACAACCAGAGCACAUUCCGUACACGAUGCCGUACCAUGACUGCGGGUACCAAUCGGGCGCUGUUUGGCCGGCCAUGUACCAGCGCGACCCGAACUGCACAGCGGGGAUGAGUAGUAGCUCCUUCAAUUCGACCGUAUCAAAUCCGCACGCGUUUCCCAUCCUGACACCUCCCGACGAGUACAUGCAGUUCCAGGCCUACGCCAGCCUGCAGACUGCCGGCGCUGAUGUUUGGCCCUAUCAUCGCUAG